GUUCAUUCAUGCGUCACUUCUAAAGGCAAUUCCUCUGUAAAUGUCAAAUCCAGAAGGGAAUAUGUAUUUUUGGAAGCCAAUGUUUAACUAGAUAAAUUUUUUUUUAAUCUUCUCGUAAUUACUGUUUGGGAGAUAGGACCACAACCAAAUCUUACUGGCCACAAGGAAUUCUAGUGUAUUUUGUUUUGUUUAUAUUGUUCUACUUCUUAACAACUAAAACACCGAUGCAAAGUCGCAACAGCGACAACAACCGCCGACUUCUCGCUUUUAGUGCCACUUAAAACGCAUAAUUAGGGCACAUUAUUAACUCCAGAUAUUUUCUUUGUUUUUUGUUUUGAUGGCUUCGCGUCGUCGUUUUGCUCUUGCCGAGUUUUAUUAGUAGAGAGAGUGAUCGUUUUUGGCGUUUUGUGUAAAUAAUAACAGAAGAUGCAGAGGCGGAAGAGAAGAGUUGUGGUGGUUGUUCUGAGGAAGUUGAUAACGUGCGCCAUCUGCGUAAUAGCGUUGCUGGCGCUUCUGUCCGUACACGUCCACGUAUUUCCUUCUUCGAAAGUUUCAGACUUCUCUGAUCCUUACAAACUACCAACUGUUGCUCAGCGUACAGAGCAAAGCUGGACUCAAGAGCUAGCUCCACCUCAUUUGUCCAAAGUUCCGUUACCUUCCUGCAAGUUGGAUGGUGCCAGUGGGAGUUCGGAUUUUGGCAAGUUAUGGAAGACUCCGCCGAACCGCGGUUAUGUGCCUUGUGUAGACCCUAGUCCUAAUUAUACAUCUCCUGCACCGUCUCGUGGUUUUCUUCUGGUUCAUACAAAUGGUGGACUCAACCAGAUGCGUGCUGGGAUUUGUGAUAUGGUAGCUGUAGCCCGCAUCAUAAAUGCCACUCUUGUUGUUCCAGAGCUUGAUAAGCGAUCGUUUUGGCAAGAUUCAAGCAACUUCUCUGAUGUUUUUGAUGAAGAUCAUUUUAUUAGUGCUUUGGCUAAUGAUGUAAAAGUCAUAAGAAAGCUUCCCAAGGAAUUCACUACAGCUACCAGAGCGGUUAGGCAUUUCAGAAGUUGGUCUGGUAUGGAUUAUUACCAAGAUGAGAUAGCUAGCAUGUGGGAUGAUUAUCAGGUUAUUCGAGCAGCCAAAUCUGAUUCUCGCCUUGCAAAUAAUAAUCUACCUCCAGAUAUUCAGAAGCUCCGUUGCCGUGCUUGCUAUGAAGCUCUCCGAUUUGCUCCUCAAAUUGAAGCAAUGGGAAAAUUGUUGGUGGAUCGAAUGAGAUCUUAUGGUCGUUAUAUUUCUCUACAUCUUAGAUAUGAGAAGGACAUGCUUGCCUUUAGUGGAUGCACACAUGGUUUAUCUCCCUUUGAAGCUGAUGAACUAAGGAUGAUAAGAGAAAGCACUGCCUACUGGAAAGUGAAGGACAUUGAUUCUGAGGAACAGAGAUCCAAAGGCUAUUGCCCCCUAACACCAAAGGAGGUUGGAAUAUUUCUUGCAGCUCUUGGGUACCCCUCUAACACCCCUAUAUAUAUUGCUUCUGGAGAGUUAUACGGUGGUGAUUCUCGUAUGGCUGAUCUGCAGUCCCGCUACCCCAAAUUAAUGAAUAAGGAAAAAUUGGCAUCUGUUGAGGAGCUUGAACCAUUUGUCAAUCAUGCUUCGCAAUUGGCUGCACUUGACUACAUUGUAUCAGUUGAAAGUGAUGUGUUUAUUCCAUCAUACUCUGGAAACAUGGCGAGGGCAGUUGAAGGUCAUCGCCGUUUUUUGGGACAUAGGAAAAUUAUUUCUCCUGACAGGAAAGCACUUGUUCGUCUGUUUGACAAAAUUGAGAAGGGAACAAUGAAAGAAGGCAAAAGUUUAGCAAAUCGGAUCAUUGAAAUUCACAAACGACGGCAAGGAUCCCCACGUAAGAGAAAGGGUCCUAUAUCGGGCACAAAAGGCAUGGAUAGGUUUCGUUCAGAAGAAGCUUUUUAUGUAAACCCUUUGCCAGAUUGUUUAUGUCAAAAGGAACUACCAAAUGUUAGUUCCUCAUUUUUUAUCAAGUAGAUUAAUGGCUCUUGGACAAUUCCGUGCAAGAAAGAUCCCCUAGCUGGAUGGCUAUCGGCAAGGAUUAUCAGCUAAUAAUUUAAUGAAGCCCUGCUAGCUGAUUGUGCCUUUUUAGAAGCUGAGGGCAUGGAGUGUGUAUAUCCGGAGUUUAGAUAGAUUUUAUAUAUAGUUGAAAUAGACAGGGUAGUGGGUAGGGAUAGGAAUUAGGAUCCUUAAAAGACAUGAUUCCAUCACAUCACAAAGGCAAAUUUAUGUUGGAGAAAUUGGCCGAGUUUCAUAAGAGUGAUAACGAUUCAUGGUUUAAAAUUGCUUCAAUAAAUAACACGCUCUUACACGAUGUA